AUGGCUAUGCGAUUGGCGUUUGACUUGGGAUUGCACAUUGACACGGCCCACUAUGUGACUGAAGGAUCAAUCAACGCAGCUGAGGCGGAGCUACGUCGCAGUGUAUUUUGGGGGACUUACACCGUGGACCAUCUCUGGGGCUUUUUCCUCGGCAGACCAGUUCGUAUUAACAUGGAGGAUGUCACAGUGGACAAGCCUGGCCGCCAUCAGACGCGAGAGCAGGACCGAAAAUGGGUGCCCUAUGGCCUUCCCUCUCCACCACUUGCUUGCCUUGCGGCUCCCGUGCCGGACCCAGUCGACCUCCUUAGCCAGCAUCGGAUUCAGCUUUGUGAGAUUAUGACCCCCCUUGGUCAUGUCCUUUAUGGAUGCUCCCGUGUCUCAAAACGCAUCCUACAGGGCUUGAACGAGAACACCACCGACCAACUCCUAAAAUGGAAAACCAACCUUCCUGAAGUUCUGCAGAUCGAUCUCGACAACACAGACGCCCCUGUUUUGCCCCAUAUUCUACUUCUCCAGUAA